AUGACCUCAGAGGCGUUUGGCAUCCCACCCCACAGUGCUCGUAUAAAUACCGCCUGCCCUGCAGAAGAACGAGGAGCGUUCGCGACCAGUUGAAUCUGAACAGAGGAAUCCACCUACAGGUACUUAAGAAGAUGGCUGCGAAUUCUGAAGAUGGGCAUUGCAAAUAUAGACUCUUUGCUUUCAUUAUGCUUUUCAACAUAUCGUUAAGCACCGCAGUCAGUCUCGAUUUAACGGAGCUGCGAAAUAAAGUUUCCAAAAUUAAAGUGCAUCCACGUGGGAAUCUCUGGGCGACAGGUCAUUUCAUGGGCAAGAAGAGCAUUUCAAACAGCCAGUUUCAGGACUCUCCGUUCUCCUCAAAGCAUCCUAGGAAUACUGUGGGAGAAUCAGGGAGCUCCGAGGAUUUGAAGGAGCUGAUCACUCAGGAGGUGCUGAAAGUUGCUCUCCAGGCUCAGCUUGAAGAUCCAAAGAGGACACAAGAUGUUUAUAAUCAGGAUACGGACUUCAUGGUAAAGCUUUUGAAAAACUACAUUGAAAAAAGGAACCUAUAGUGACAAUGCUGUUGUAUAAUUGUAAUAAAAUGAUAUUUUGACAAACCUUACAGUUGUGUACACAAUCUGUACAAGUGUCUGCUUUUAAUGUUUGGUCAGUAGGCUUAUAAUUAUCAAGAUGUAUUUUAUUCAUUCAACUGCUGUAACUACGGCUGGAUAUUUAAAAGAAUAAUGAAUGGAUGGAUGGAUUAAUGGGUGAAUGAAUGCGUUAGGUAAGUUAUUGGAAAAAAUGUAUUUUAAAAAACUAAUUAAUUUAGCAUUAUGCAAUUUGUACCUAAGUUUUUUUUUUUAAAUGAGCAACUAUGACUAAGCAGACAUCUCAUAGAAACAAACAACAGUGGAGGGAUCAUACUCUAAUUAUGGUAAAAAGCUCCCACUGAGAGUAGCUUAUCCUCCCUUUGGGUUUGCACUGAGAUUUCCCUGAUUGAGACUUUGGAGCAUUUGUACAUUGAGGUAAGAAAUGCUUUUUUUUUUUUUUUUUUUUUUUAAUAAUUCAAAUCUUAACAACCUUUAAAAUUGUGUUCAAAUACUAAUGAGGUUGGGUGCAAUGGUCACUUUUUGGUAAAAUAUAGAGCACUGUUAAAAUGACUCUGCACAAUGUGAACAAAAUGUUUAUUAUUUGCAAUUAUUUCAAAUUUAAUCGAUGACAUGGCAUUAUUGUAAUCUAUUAUUGCAUUACAGUUCUAAGUACAGAGAUUGAUUUGAACUAUUAUAAUAAAAAAUUAACAUGAAUGUAACAUGGAUAUAGAUUAUUUUAUUUACCAUUCAGCUUCUUGUGUGUGUAAAGAGAGAGAUCUUGUAAGCAGUUUUGUCUAAUAAAAAAUGCAACUGGAUUUACAAUGUAAUUAUGUAUUAUAAAAAUGUAAUUAAUGUGCAGUUGUAUGUUUUAAUUGAUAACAGCUGUAAUAA